AUGAGGAGUUGUCGGAAGUCGUGCGGAUUGUGCGGGCCACCUGAGAAAAAAUAUGAUCUGCGAAGACUAGCGCCACAGCUGCAACCUUUGGCGUUCUUGAUCGGCAAAUGGCGAUCAGAGCACGGUGGAAAGGCGAUUUUCCCGACAAUACCCAAAUUCACAUAUGGCGAAGAAGUGGACAUCAGCAUUCCUGACGACGCACUUCAAGCGGCAAAAGCUCUCAAUUACACAGCGUUUGCCUGGUCUAUCAAUGAAAAAGAUGAACUCCAUAGUGAAUCCGGUUACAUCUCUGUGAAACCGAACACCCAGGAAGCAGCUCUCACAACCGUCAUGAACAAUGGGUUCGUGACGGUCGAAGAAGGUCCAAUCAAAGGAUCACAAAUCAAAUUUCGGUUAAAGGACGUUGGACGAAUCAGCUUCAGUCGUGAUCUGCCAGUUCAUGAUCUCAUCAGGGAAUGGACGUUGUUGGACAAGAACACGUUGCAAGCUCGAUUGAAUAUGGAGACAUUGACGCACGGCAUGCAAGAACACACGUUUAUUCGAUACCACAAAAUUGCUCCUUAG